GCCAAUAGGAAGAAACUAUACAGAAAUGGAGGUUCAGAAUAUGAUGAGUGAUUCAAACAACAUUAAGGAAGAUGCAAAUUUGCUUCCUGGGUAUCGUUUUCAUCCCACUGAUGAAGAGCUUGUGAGGUUUUAUCUUCGGAGGAAGGUGGAGAACAAACCCAUUCGUCUAGAACUCAUCAAACUUAUUGAUAUUUACAAAUAUGACCCUUGGGAUCUUCCAAAAGCUAGCGGCAUUGUUGGGGGCAAGGAGUGGUACUUCUUUUGCAGAAGGGGAAAGAAGUACAGAAAUAGCGUAAGACCCAACCGGGUCACAAAAUCAGGGUUUUGGAAAGCCACUGGCAUUGAUAAGCCUGUAUAUUCUGUUGGUGACUUUCACAGUUGCAUUGGCUUAAAGAAAUCCCUAGUCUACUACCGGGGAAGUGCUGGAAAGGGUACCAAAACAGACUGGAUGAUGCACGAAUUCCGCCUUCCGGCUAGUUCAAGCAAGGAUGACACUUCUAACAUCAAGAACUAUACUCAAGAAGCUGAAGUUUGGACACUUUGCAGGAUUUUGAAGCGAGAUAAUAAUUAUUCUUGCAGAAAGUAUGCAUCAAAUUGGCAAAAGGCAACUUCGAAUCCAAAGCAAAUUGUGGCUGACUCAAGUUCUAAACCAUGCAGUCCUGAAUCGGAUAUAAGUUUUGGUGCUUUGGCUGCUAAUAAGGAUCAAUUUGAAAGGAGCCCUAUUUUCUAUAACGAUCAUGUGUACGAAGGAAACCGAUUUUCCGCAGGUGAUCAGCUGAGCUUAAAAGGUGAAGUUGAUCCAAUGGUGAACUCAUACAUAAGCUUUUCGAAUCCAAAAGAAGAUGAGAUGUUAACAUCAGAUGGAAACUGGGAUGAGCUAAGACCAAUGGUCGACUGUGUUCUAAAUCCAUCACUGCUAUAUAGUUGCAGGUAGUGGAAACUAUUCUCUCUAACCUUGUCGUAGUUAGUGGAUUAGAGACCCAUAAAGAAUGAGGACUACGGUAGGGUCUU